AUGGAUUGGAAAAUUUUUUUUCUGGCUUUGUUUGAUGGGGACAUUGGAAAUGCGUAUGCCAAAAUAUUUGAAGAAAACAGGUAUGUUUUAAGUAUUUUUCUGGGAAUGUUGGUGCAGGUGGAAUUCUCAUAUUAAUAGAACUACAAAUACUGUAGUUCACUGGAUUUUUUCAUGUACAUGUAUUACCACCUGGAAUUUGCCUCAAUAUGCUUUCAAAAUGCACUAUUAAAUCUUAUUAAAUAUUAAAGGCUGCAUGAGUACAGAAAUGUAUAAAAUGCAAAAAACUUAAAUUGUGAUUUUAUUUUGUUCUUGGGCUUGUUCAUAUGUGCCCAUUUGACUGAUAUUUUGUAUCCAUAUCACUGGCCGUUUAAUACUAGAGACGCAUUAUGCGUCUGGACAUACUUGGGCAAGCAUUUAUUGUUCGUCUGAUUAUGCGUCCUCAGUAUAAAGACAGGCACAAGAUACAUUAUGGGUAGAGACGAACUAUGUUCAAUUCUUCGUCUUAAGAGACGCACAACCGAUGAUAGUUCGUAUAGACGCAUAAUGCGUCUUGUGCCUGUCUUUAUACUGAGGACGCAUAACUAGACGAACAAUAAAUGCUGAUAGUUUGUCUGAUUAUUCGUCCCGUCUUUACACUAGACGAAUAAUAUCGAAGAAGGUUGCGUGCAGACGGCGCAUAUUAAAUGCAUCUCUAGUACAAAAACGGCCACUGUUUUUGGGACAAAAUUAUGUAAACAUGUCUACUGGGUACUUUGGCGAUAUUCUAUUGGCUUAGGUCUACUGGCUAUAUACUAUCAACUAUGCUGUUCAAUACUGUACUAUAUUAUAGGUUGAAAUCUCUAAAAAUCUAACCCAGCCCCGGUAGGAUAUGAAGCAUUCAUAUGGAAAAUAUUUAUAUCUCACAGCUUGAUUGAGAUUCUGCCUUGCCAUCCGCAAGGUAAGAUCCUUGCCUGCUUGACUUGCUUAUAUGCAUAUUUAACGAAAGGCAUGCAGAUCUCACUUGGUGAGUUUCCUGGUUAGGUGGACUCAUAUAAACAGGCUCUUAAUUAAUAAUACAUGAUGGUAUAAAUAUAUGUUAAAUAAUUCAUAUUAAUCAGUAAUCAUAUUUUCCAUUUGUAGGAUAAAGCAAGAGCACCUACCACAUUUAACCAAAGAGUGGCUUCGGGAAAUGGGCAUUUCUGCUAUUGGUGAUAUCAUGACUAUAUUGACAAGUGCUAAAAAGGCAGGUUUAUAGUGCAACUAGAUUAAAUUUAUGCGUUCCUAUCUAGCCUUUAUAAUUCAGAAGUUAAGAUGAAUGAGUUACUCUGUUAGUUGCUUUGCAAAGUUACUGUAGUUACUCUUCCUUGUUUUUUGUGUAGAUUGAAUACAGUACAGUAGGGUGCAUAUCAGCCAUCAGGGCGCAUUGCCACUUAAAGGGUUAACAGGGUGCACUGGCAGAUAGUUUGAUUAAUCCAUUGAGUGGCAGCAUUCUCCCACUGACGAGUAAAAUCGUCCAGCAUUAGACAGAGUAAAAUAAUAAAGUAGGGUGCAUUGCCACCUAAAAGAUUUAUAAUAAAAUUUUAGUAAUUUUUGUUAGACCUGUUUGCAAAUAAAUAUAUUAAUCUCAUAAUUAUUUUCACCAUUAUAAUUGAACUUUCCCUUAGGUACCACAUGGCAAUGAUAAUGAAAUAAAUCAGGUGAGAUAUAAAAAAUAUUAAGAUUACGUGCCAUAUAUAAUGACAAUUAAUGACCAUGGUAGUGAUGGCAAUAAUAAGGAUCGAGACUUUGCUAUAUAAAACUAGUACAAUACGUAUUCUGUUUAUCUUUGUUAAAUUUUGUUUAUCUUUGUAUUUUGCAUUUUAUAGCCCUGCAAAAUAAUCGAAGGGACUAAAAAAAAUUUUAAAAGAUUUAAACAGAAAACCCUGGUGUUUUCAGGGGAAAGUGGAAAAGUGGAAAUGUGGAAAUUGGACCAGCAGUUUCAGUGAGUGCAGUAUUUAAUUUAAUUUCAAAAACACUUAAAUGUAUGCAUACAUCUGUAAGUCAAUAAUUUGAAACAUCUUCAAACAUUCUAUACCGCAUGCUUAGCAGUCAUUUAGGUACAAGUCAUGGUUCCAUUUAUUUUUCAUCAUCUUAUUGCCUGUAUGAGGUAGAAAUUAAAUCUUGAGUAUUUGUAAUUCAUAAAGCUUGUUACAAAUACUGGAUAAAAUAUAAUAACGAUUGAAAGUCUGUUUGCAGAGAUAGUGUGAACAGUGGCGUAACAGAGGAAGAUGGGGCCCUUAAGCAGUGGUGUGGGGCCCCCGGCCGGCCUGUUGAAUGUUGUCCUUGUUUGACUGAGAUAUUAUAUUUAUAUUGAAUAUUUAUAGAAUGUUCUGGAAAAUUUUGCAUCUAUAACAACAACAACAACAGUUUCCAACACAUGUAACAACUAAUAAAAUAAGUAACUUUUGUUUUAUUUGAGAUGGAGUAAAAUCAGCUACCGUUAUCGUUGUCGAUUAUUUAGCAUUAUUAAUUUUGCAUUUUCCCAUUGAUUCUUAAAUUAACCUGCAUUUUUUAUGUUUUCUAAUUUUCUGGGCGAUAGGCCGUGACUGAUGGGGGUGUCUUAGGGCCUAACUGUCAGUGGCCCUAACUAACCCUACCCAAUUAGCAUUACACUGCUGAAUGUGACUGUUACAUCAGGGAUAUACUGUCUAGUUAAUGGGUUUACCCAGAUCAUAUUUUGCUUUACAAGCUCCACAUCAUACGAGUAUAUCAUAUUAAUAGUAUAGAAUGUUAAAUUAAUAUAUCUACUAGUUAUAGCUUGGUUGAAGUUACAGAGCACUAUUAAAAUAACACCAUCAAGAUUAUAUGCCAAAUUUGAAGUAAAUCAAAAGUAAAAUCUCAAGCAGUAAAGCAGUGUUCAACAUACUAAAUUUUCUACUAUGCAGUUGUUGCAGCUAUCUGACUUACCUUGCAUCUGGCCAAACACAGUAGGACACACCCCAAUAAAUCUCUUGAACUUGUACCAUUGUGGUAAAUAUUUACAGUAAUUUCCUAUUCUGUUAGGAUUCACAGGAAAAUGCUAAUGCACUUAAGGCUAAUGUAAGUGUGGAAAGAGAGGUCUUGGAACAAGAAAGCAGAAUUUAUGGGCGCUCGCAGUCUCGGCCGCUUUCAAAAUACGAAGAUACAAUUAAUGCGUGUGCUUUGAUCUGUUGUGAACAAGAUGCAACCCUUUUAAAAAACAGAAAUAGACUGUUUAAAUUGGCGAAGGAAAAAGCUGAUUCUGAGGGUUACCAGUACAAGAAACGAAAGUCUCGAUCCAAAGUGUUUGGUGAUGGAAAAGAAACCAAAAAUCCUAAACGUCUGAAAUUGGUCACUGAAGAGCGUCAAAAGAGACAGUCACAGUUGGCUGAGGAUAUUAAAAGUUCUACUGAUACAAUGAAGUUGCUAGAACUACAAAGAGAAAAGUUUGUUAAUGCAGAAAAAUACCUUCAAGCUGCUGAGAUGGUUACACAGAUUUCAGAAUGCAGAACAAAGCUGAGGGGAUUUCAAGCCGAGCUUACAAAGCUCCAGAAGGCUGAUGGUCAUUCCAAGAAGUACCAUAAGGGAAAACGAGCCAUUUCUUCAUCUAAAGUGUCCCCUUUAACCCGUGCAACUACAAGAACAAGUAGUUCUACAAGUACUGAGUUCGAGAGCGAUGUUUUCAUACAAGAUGGUUUACAUGAAAGAAUUGAAGAGCCGAUUGAGAUAGAGAGUGCCUCCAUUUCCGUCGCCAGAAAAGGUGAAAUGCGUUUAGAUAUGUUUUCUGUUAGUUCAUCUAACGCAUCUCCUGUGGCAAGUGUAGAUAGUAAAUCAUCUCAUUCAACCUCUGAGCUCGAAAGCGGCAUUAACAUACAGAAAGGUUUACAUGAAAGCGAAGAUUGCAUUGAAGUUCCUCCAUUACUGUCGCGAAGAAAGGUGAACAGAGUAUAGAUACGUCCGCCAUUAUUCCAUCAAAAGAAUCUCUUAUAUCCAGCGAACCCUGCAAAUUAAGUAGUUGUAAUGAACUUGAAGUACAAGAAAUUGUUCAUGAAAAAAGUGAAGAGCAGUGUGGUUUCAAACAAACCAGCCAGAGUCAAGAUGAUCAUAAUACUGGUACACAUUUUCCAUGAGCCCCGCAGAUUAUGUAGAAUUUUCUGUGGGGCACAUAGAAACACUUACGCUGCGUUACAACAAAUAUUUAUCAUGCAGUCUUUCUAAUGUUUCUAUUAAGAACGGACUUUAUUGUAGCCUGAUAACUGACUUAUCCUUAAACGAGUUUAUGAUAGCACGAAACUGUCACUGGGAAAAAAAUCAUUUGGUUUCAUGUAUUGAAUGCGGAAGGCUUAUUUCAGCAGCAAAACAAAUAAACGACAGUGGCAUUGUCCCUCUUAAGACCCUGCUUACAUCUCACUUCCUUGCCCCAAAUGCAAAGUACAAAUCAGAUAAAGCGAUUAGAAGAAUAUUACAAUUACCUGUAGUAAUUUUUCCAGUAGAAAUACAAAGAGGCCAGAAAAAGUUGUUGGUGACAGAGCAACAUACAACAGUAAAUUAUGAAAAAGUUGGGGAUUUCCUUAAGACACUGUUAGAGUCUAAGCCCAAUACUGCUCAAAUCCCAAGCAUAUCAAAAGAAACAUUAAAGGUUAUCUGUGAUCUUGCUUCAUCUGAGAAAGACAAAAGGCUCAUAAAGUACGCAGUUUGUCAGAGCAGUAACAUUUCCGCAGAAACCGCUAAGAAGACGUAUGGUAUAUCAGAUUUAAAAUAUUUAAAGGACAACGUUGAAGAUGUGAUAGAACAGGCAUUAGAGAUUCGUAAAGCUGUAGACCUUUUGUCAAAUGUAAAAGAAGCGUGUAUCCUAGAAGAACUUGGUGUACAUAUUGACCCCAACACUGACAGUGAUGAGUCUGAAUCAACUGAAGGUGAGACAAGUGAAAGUAAUGAUAACGAUAGCUGUGAUGACAUGGAAAGUGUAAAGGACCGUCAAGUUUCUAACAAUCCUACUGGAAGGAGCUGA